AUGACCACCAUUCUCAGUCUACCCGAUGAGCUUUUGGCCCCUAUUCUGCACGCCUCUGUUCCCCAUGAUUGUGGCUCUCGUGCAGCGUCGCUGGCCCUUGUUUGCCGACGCUUCCAUCGUCUUAUUACACCGCUUCUUUAUCGCGACAUCCAUAUACUAUGCAAUGGUGCAUCCUGGGCACAUCGGGAUAUUCGUAGUACCAAGCUGCUUCAUCGCACGUUUUGCUCAAACCAGUCAUUGCGGCAACAUUGCCAGAGUCUUGUCAUUAAGUUUGGGUCGAAUUGGUUGGGCUCAAUGGAACGUCAUGAUAGGGAAGACACCACCCCGAAUCUGGGCUAUAUUGCUGUGGAAUUUCUCAAGUGGCUCUCUAAUACUACAGAGCUUCGCAUCAGUUUUGCGUCAUUUUCUAAUGACACACGGCACGAGCUUUCCAGGGCGCCAACACUACCGGAUCUGUCCGUUUUAUAUAAUCAGGUACCAAAGUCCCUAACACAUCUCAGGCUUCUCCAGAUAUCUGGAAAGCAAAAUGCGCCUUUGGACUUGCCUACUCUAUUUAGAGGUCUCGAGUGUUUGGAUAGUAGCGCAUAUCUACGAACUCUGGACCUCACUGGCGUAUCCCAGAUUGGAACUGAACAAGAUUGGAAACUAAUGAAGGCUAAGGCGGGCACUGCUCCAUUCACAGAGCUCAAGUUGCGCCAUUUCACCCAAAGCGCAACUGCUCUUGAAGCGCUCGUGAUGUGGCCGGCCAGGUUGGAAGCGUUUCAUUUCUCGCUGCCAAUGUCCGACUAUUACAGUGGUAACUACGCAUUAACGAGAUACAACCUGAGUAUAAUGAAGGCGAUACUGUCACAUCAAAAAGCCUCGUUAAGCCAUAUUAACAUUCACGAGCUACUAUCCCAGUCCGGUGUGCAGGACUGUGAUCUUUCUGGAUUUCAUCAAUUGCACACCCUUUGUAUGUCACGCGAUUUAACAGGCAUUGAUACCAUUCCCGUGGCCAAUCUUGUUGCACCGAACCUGCUGAUAUUUCGCUGGGAUAUGAGACUCGAAGAUCAGCAGUGUUCCAGAGGUCUGGAGGGAUUUGCUAAACUUGAAGAAGACUGGGUUAGAGCAUUUGCUAAAUCUUCUAUGGAGCGCAAGUCUUCUCUCCAGCAGAUCCAGAUCAGCUUCUUCCCAGAAGGCUGGUUUUAUGGAGACAUUGAUAAGGACUAUCAGUAUCCAUGGGAUCGAAUGGAUAGGCUUGCCGAGGAAUUUAGGACUCACGGUAUUAAUGUGGUAUACAACACCCCUAAUAUUACAAAGGAGGAAUUCUUGAAGUUGAAGGAAGAAGUUUUGAACUUUAGAGCUUCCCUAGUAAGUUUUACGGAGUAA